GGGUAAGGUUUACAUCAACUCCAUUUCCAAACAAUCCUUUCGCCUAGAUCCUGCUCUGUGUAUAGGCGUUUUGCUCGUGCAAAACAGACGGAUACUCUUCUUCCUUCGUUUGUCGCUCCUGAUCCACCGCAGCUUGAUUUCUGAUCGUCCACAUUCGUUUGUUCGUCUUCGUCUUGCCGCGGCAAUUUUGAUCACGUAGAUCUGUGUCUCUCGCUCACGCAUAUUGAAUCUGAUUCAUGUGCUUUGCUGUCGUCUACGAGGGUCUAGUCGUUGCGGUUUUGAUAGGGGAAAGCACUCUUGAAACAUGCCUGCCCAAAAGAUUGAAACGGGUCAUGAGGACAUGGUCCAUGAUGUGCAGAUGGAUUACUAUGGAAAGCGUGUAGCAACUGCCUCGUCUGACUGCACGAUCAAGAUAACUGGCGUAGGGAACAGUGCCGGAUCACAACACCUAGCUACCUUGACCGGGCACAGAGGCCCUGUUUGGCAGGUGGCUUGGGCGCACCCAAAGUUUGGUUCAAUCCUGGCUUCAUGUUCAUACGAUGGCCAAGUCAUAAUCUGGAAGGAAGAUAACCAAAAUGAAUGGACGCAGGCUCAUGUCUUCACUGAGCAUAAGUCGUCGGUGAACUCUAUAUCAUGGGCACCCCAUGAACUUGGACUCUCCUUGGCAUGUGGGUCAUCCGAUGGAAACAUAUCAGUUUUCACCGCCAGGGCUGAUGGUGGUUGGGACACAGCUAGGAUAGACCAAGCCCACCCAGUUGGCGUCACUUCAGUCUCGUGGGCACCGGCCACCAGCCCAGGUGCCCUGGUUGGCUCUGGUCUGCUCGAGCCGGCUCACAAGCUAGCCUCUGGCGGUUGGGACAGCACCGUGAAAGUGUGGAAACUCCACAAUGGUUCGUGGGAGAAGGACUGCUUCCCGGCUCUACAGAUGCACAGUGACUGGGUCCGGGACGUGGCAUGGGCACCGAACUUGGGUCUGUCGAAAUCAACAAUAGCAAGUGCUUCACAAGACGGGACGGUGGUGAUAUGGACGGUGGGGAAGGAAGGUGAGAAAUGGGAAGUUAAGGUUAUGAAGGAUUUUAAGACACCGGUGUGGGGAGUGUCGUGGUCGUUGACGGGCAACUUGUUGGCAGUCUCGGACGGGGACAGCAACGUGACCUUGUGGAAAGAAGCUGAUGGCGAAUGGCAGCAAGUGAGUGUUGUCGAGCCAUAGUUUGGUUAUCAUCUCUCUCAAUGUUCUUACCUUUUUGUAAGCAACUUCAACUGAAUAAUUUUUCUUUACGGACCAGACCGGUUUCGUUUUUUUUCCCCUUUCAUGCUUUGAUUUGGAACAUCUUGGUAUUUUAUUCUCUCUAGACACGAACCGCAUAAAUCUUUCUUUGGUAAAUGUUA